AUGAGCCAGCAGCUGCCAACCAUCCCGUUCCUGAACACAGCUGUUCCGGAAGAUCACUUCAAAACAGAUCUCCUUGCACAAUCUUGGGAGUUGACCACACGCCACAGGGAGAAUCCAACCCUUGAUCUAGAUGAAGACUAUUGGAAAGUUGUUUUGGAAAUUGGCCCCGAGAGAAAGUGUGAAUAUGUGUUUCACAAGGGGGUCAUUGCCGAUAACUCGGCAUUAUUUCAUGAUAUCAUUGGAACGAUGUAUGAUUUUGAAGAUUUGAAGCAACACAACACAUGCAUUCAAAUCGUUUCGGAUGAAGAAAGGGUUGUAUUCGAACAAAUAAUUGUUCCGUGUUUGUACGGCUCACGAUUCAUUGAAAUGACACUUGGAGCACAGUUGAUCAUUGCCUUGAACUUUUUUGAUUAUUUACAAAUGGAAAGUUUUAAAUCCUUGCUUCAAAACUCUUUUUCUGAGCUCUAUACAGCGAAGCCAACUAGAAACAAGACAGAAUAUCUAGAUGAACAUAGUGAAUAUUAUUUAAGAGUAUAUUUUGACACUCAUCCUACUUUUGUUGUAGACCCAUUUUACUUGAAUUAUCAUUUUGAACGCUGCAUUAAGGGAUUUAGCAAGUUUUUGCAACCAAAGAAUAAGAAUAGGUGUGAAAAGCUUUUCAAAAGCAUGAGUCCAGAAAACUUCUUACACAUGAUUUCACAAGACUCCUUGGGAAUUUCUGAAGAAGAUCAAUUAGUGGAAGGUAUUGAAUUAUAUUUCGGAAUGCACCCACAUAUUCCUGAAGAACUUCUUAACAAGAUUUGGAUGCAGGUGAAAGCGAAACACGUGAGCGAUCAAACUUUUCUCAAACUGAUGCGCCAUGAUAGAAUUGGCUAUGCAAUCAAAGAUCUCAUAAAGAAAAAGAGAGUUGACGGUAAUGAAACUCCAAGAGAUUACAUCAAUACCAUUAUUACAAUUGCGACCACUGGUGGUCAAAUAGAGAGGUGGAACAUUCAAAAAGAUACAUGUGACUGUUCAUUGAAAGUUCAUAAUGGCUACAUUCAUGACCUUAUAUGCAAAGAUAUGGGAAAUUAUAGCUUUAUUUUCACAUGUGGUGAAGAUGGUAGAGUAUGUCUCAGCAAGUCAGAGAAACAUGGACCCCUCACUUUCAUCAAUGCAGUUCAAUUUUCUCCUUCAACACCAGUAUUAUCCAUUUCUGCCAAUGAUAAGAUAUUGACAGCAGUCACAGGAUUAGGACAAGUGUAUUGUGUCAACCUAUCCACCAAUGGCUCUGACGUGACUCCUGUAAUGUCGAUAUCGUCCUUGCUUGAACACGAUAGCCAUUCGAGAUGUGCAACAGUAUCAGAUUCUCACAUAUUCGUUGGGGACACAGAGGGCUAUAUUCAUGUAUGGAAUAUUGGAAAUUCAGUGGAUUCCUCAAAACAUAAGAUUCACACCAAACAAGUAAUGUGCAUGAAAUUUAUUACUUUUAAAAACACUGAUUAUUUAAUAAGUGGAGGUUGUGAUAGAAAAGUAGCCAUUUGUAAGUUUGACAGGCAAAACAGAGGUCUAUCACGCAUUCGAACAUUGGACGUGUCAACUGGUUAUAUUUAUGCACUUGAUUUUUUACUAAAAUCAAAGGAUGACUUUUCAAGAAAUGAGAUAGUAACCGGAGCAACAGACUUUAUAGUGAAUGUUAUUGAUAUUGGAUCAGGAGCAACCACCUCCUUUAGAGGUCAUAGAAACUUUGUUUAUUCAGUGGUUUCAAAUGGUUUUCAAGCAAUCAGCGCCAGUGAUGAUUACUCAAUCAGAGUUUGGAAUACAGAGACUGGAGAAUGUGAUCAAAGUCUUUUUCUAACAGAUGCUGCUCGUAAAAUUUCAAUUUAA